AGGUUCGCACGAGUAGCCUUUUAACAUAAACCUUCGCCGCCUUUUUUCCGUUUAGGCUGAUUUUGAAGCACAUAGGGUUUCUGGUUUGUCCGCAAUUGGGACUCCAAUAAACCCUUAAAUUUUAUUGCUUGAGAUUCCUUUGUACCAUAACAUCGUAGGGCUUGUUCGUAAUCCAUCAAUGGGAUCGGUGAAGAGGAAGUCGUUAGAAGAAGGCCCUUCAGCUUCUACACCUCCGCCGCACAAACAACAGAAAGACAGCAAGAACAAUGAUAACAGAUUAAUGGGAACAAACAAUGAGGCGGAGGCCGGGGUGGCGUGUGUUCAUGAUUGUUCAUACCCGGAGAACUACGUUGCUGCUCCUCGGCGGUCAAAUACCGAGGAAGACUCAAAGCCCGCUAAGGAAUUUCCUUUUACACUCGACCCUUUUCAGGCGGAGGCAAUUAAUUGUCUGAAUGCCGGAGAAUCCGUUAUGGUAUCAGCACAUACAUCAGCAGGGAAAACUGUUGUGGCAUCAUAUGCUAUUGCAAUGUCACUGAAGAAUAAGCAACGAGUAAUAUACACUUCUCCUAUAAAGGCACUGAGUAACCAAAAGUACAGAGAGUUCAAAGAAGAGUUUUCUGAUGUGGGUUUAAUGACUGGAGAUGUUACUAUUGAACCCAAUGCUUCUUGCUUGGUGAUGACCACAGAAAUCUGGCGUAGUAUGCAGUACAAAGGAUCAGAACUCACAAGGGAGGUGGCAUGGAUCAUUUUUGAUGAGGUUCAUCAGCAACCAUGUCAUAUUGUUUAUACAGAUUAUAGGCCAACACCUCUUCAACAUUACCUUUUUCCUACUGGUGGUGAUGGUUUGUAUUUAGUGGUGGAUGAAAAGGGAAAGUUUCGUGAAGAUAGUUUCCAAAAAGCUUUAAAUGCUCUUGUUCCUGCCAAUGAUGGUGACAAGAAGAAAGAUUAUGGGAAGAAGCAGAAAGGACUGGUUAAUGGUAGAGGUGGUGAAGAUAGUGAUAUAUUUAAAAUGGUGAAGAUGAUUAUUCAACGCCAAUAUGAUCCUGUUAUAAUCUUUAGUUUCAGCAAAAGGGAAUGUGAAUUUCUUGCAAUGCAGAUGGCUAAAAUGGACUUGAAUGAGGAUGAUGAGAAAGUGAACAUUGAGACCAUCUUUUGGAGUGCUAUGGACAUGCUAUCAGAUGAUGACAAAAAGCUACCCCAGGUGUCAAAUAUGCUUCCCCUCUUGAAGCGUGGGAUUGGUGUGCAUCAUUCUGGCUUACUCCCCAUACUGAAGGAAGUCAUUGAAAUACUAUUUCAAGAAGGUCUAAUUAAGUGUUUGUUUGCCACAGAGACAUUCAGCAUAGGUCUCAACAUGCCUGCAAAAACAGUUGUCUUCUCAAAUGUUCGGAAGUUUGAUGGAGAUAAAUUCAGAUGGCUAUCAAGUGGUGAAUACAUACAGAUGAGUGGUCGUGCAGGGCGUAGAGGAAUAGAUGAUCGUGGUGUCUGCAUUCUUAUGCUUGAUGAAAAAUUAGAACCUUCAACUGCUAAAAUGAUGGUUAAAGGAAGUGCUGAUUGUUUAAACAGUGCUUUUCAUUUAAGCUACAAUAUGCUUUUGAAUCAACUGAGAUGUGAAGAUGGUAAUCCAGAAAAUUUGCUUAGGAAUUCAUUCUAUCAGUUCCAAGCUGAUCGAGCCAUCCCUGAUCUUGAGAGACAAAUGAAGCUUUUACAGGAGGAAAGGGACUCGAUUCACAUUGAAGAGGAGGAUAGCUUAGAAAAUUAUUACUCUCUGCUACAGCAGUAUAGAAGCUUAAAGAAUGAUGUUCGUGAUAUUGUCUUUUCUCCUAGAUAUUGUUUGCCAUUUUUGCAGCCUGGCAGGCUUGUUUGUGUUCGUUGUGGGAAUAAUGACGAAAAUGCCCUUCCUUUGUCAACCGAGGAUAAUGUAACAUGGGGUGUAAUUGUCAACUUUCAAAGAGUUAAGGGUCUUUCAGAAGAUGAUGCAAAUAAAAGCCCUGAAGAUGCAAACUAUUCAGUGGAUAUACUUACAAGAUGUGCAGUUUCUAAGGAUGAACUUUCAAAGAAAACAAUCAAGAUUGUUCCAUUAAAAUCCCCCGGGGAACCUGUUGUUGUUUCUGUUCUUGUUUCUCAGAUAGAUAACUUGAGCAGUGUUCGUCUUAUAAUAGCUAAGGAUCUUUUGCCAUUAGAAAAUCGGGAAAACACCUUGAAAAAGGUAUCCGAAGUUCUCUCCAGAUUUUCCAAACAAGGAAUGCCACUCUUGGACCCUGAAGAAGACAUGAAGGUCCAAAGUGGGUCAUAUAGGAAGGCUGUUCGCAGGAUUGAGGCUUUAGAAAACCUGUUUGAUAAACAUGAAGUUUCAAAGUCUCCACUUAUUGAGCAAAAACUCAAAGUGUUGCACAAAAAGAAAGAAAUUACUGCUCAAAUUAAAACAAUCAAGAAGUCAAUGCGUUCUUCAUCUGCACUUGCCUUCAAAGAUGAGCUCAAAGCAAGGAAAAGGGUUCUUCGGAGACUUGGAUAUGUGACUAGGGAGGAUGUUGUGGAGUUGAAGGGGAAAGUUGCUUGUGAGAUUAGCAGUGCUGAUGAACUGGUGUUAACAGAGCUUAUGUUUAAUGGGGUUUUCAAAGACAUAAAGAUAGAGGAAAUGGUGUCUCUUUUAUCAUGUUUUGUGUGGCAAGAGAAGCUUCAGGAUGCUCAAAAGCCCAGGGAAGAACUGGACAUGCUUUUCACACAGUUGCAAGAUACUGCACGCAGAGUUGCAAAAGUGCAGCUAGAGUGCAAGGUUGAAAUUGAUGUGGAGAGUUUUGUAAAUUCAUUCCGGCCUGAUAUCAUGGAGGCUGUUUAUUCAUGGGCAAAAGGGUCAAAGUUCUACGAGAUCAUGGAAAUCACACAGGUGUUUGAAGGGAGCUUGAUCAGAGGGAUCAGGAGACUGGAAGAAAUACUUCAGCAGUUGAUACUUGCAGCAAAAUCCAUUGGGGAAGUUGAACUUGAAGCCAAGUUUGAGGAUGCAGUUUCACAGAUCAAGAGGGAUAUUGUGUUUGCAGCUUCUCUAUACUUGUAGAUGACAAACAUAUGGGUUAAAAUUGUCACAGAAUUUAAUGGCAUUCUUUUUCUUGUAAGGUAAUAUUUUUUUCAAGUCCCCAUACCAUAUACGAAUACGAUACCUAGAGGGCGAGUAGACUGUAAUGAUACAGACAUUCUCUAAUGUAUUAUUACUAUUCAUUGGUCUACUGUUUUCUUUGCGUUUUUUGUAUUAAUGUUACUGAUUGGGGAUAGUUAACCCAUGAGCUCAAUUGAUACACCAAAAG